GCCCGCGCCGGGCGCCAGUGGCCCGCGCCGCCGGGAGCGAUGACAUCGACGGGGAAGGACGGCGGGGCGCAGCACGCGCAGUAUGUGGGGCCCUACCGGCUGGAGAAGACGCUGGGCAAGGGACAGACAGGGCUGGUGAAGCUUGGGAUCCACUGUGUCACCUGCCAGAAGGUGGCCAUCAAGAUUGUCAACCGCGAGAAGCUCAGCGAGUCUGUGCUGAUGAAGGUGGAGCGGGAGAUCGCCAUCCUGAAGCUCAUCGAGCACCCGCACGUCCUGAAGCUGCACGACGUUUAUGAAAACAAAAAAUAUUUAUACCUGGUGCUAGAACACGUUUCCGGCGGGGAGCUCUUUGACUACCUGGUGAAGAAGGGAAGGCUGACUCCCAAAGAGGCUCGCAAGUUCUUCCGGCAGAUCAUCUCGGCGCUGGACUUCUGCCACAGCCACUCCAUAUGCCACAGGGAUCUGAAGCCCGAAAACCUGCUGCUGGAUGAGAAGAACAACAUCCGGAUCGCAGACUUCGGCAUGGCGUCGCUGCAGGUGGGCGACAGCCUGCUGGAGACCAGCUGCGGGUCCCCCCACUACGCCUGCCCGGAGGUGAUCCGGGGGGAGAAGUACGACGGCCGCAAGGCGGACGUGUGGAGCUGCGGCGUCAUCCUGUUCGCCCUGCUGGUGGGGGCACUGCCCUUCGACGACGACAACCUGCGGCAGCUGCUGGAGAAGGUCAAGCGCGGCGUGUUCCACAUGCCGCACUUCAUCCCGCCCGACUGCCAGAGCCUGCUGCGGGGCAUGAUCGAGGUGGACGCCGCGCGGCGCCUCACGCUAGAGCACAUUCAGAAACACAUAUGGUAUAUAGGGGGCAAGAAUGAGCCCGAGCCGGAGCAGCCAGCGCCCCGCAAGGUGCAGAUCCGCUCGCUGCCCAGCCUGGAGGACAUCGACCCGGACGUGCUGGACAGCAUGCACUCGCUGGGCUGCUUCCGCGACCGCAACAAGCUGCUGCAGGACCUGCUGUCGGAGGAGGAAAACCAGGAGAAGAUGAUCUACUUCCUCCUCCUGGACCGGAAAGAAAGGUACCCCAGCCAGGAGGACGAGGACCUGCCCCCGCGGAACGAGAUAGACCCUCCGCGGAAGCGCGUGGACUCCCCGAUGCUGAACCGGCACGGCAAGCGGCGGCCCGAGCGCAAGUCCAUGGAGGUGCUCAGCGUGACGGACGGCGGCUCCCCGGUGCCGGCGCGCCGGGCCAUCGAGAUGGCCCAGCACAGCCAGAGUAAAGCAGUGUUCAGUAAAAGCCUGGAUAUCGCUGAGGCCCACCCCCAAUUCAGCAAAGAAGACAGGUCACGAUCCAUCAGCGGCGCCUCCUCAGGCCUGUCCACGAGCCCACUCAGCAGCCCCCGGGUGACCCCUCACCCCUCACCGAGGGGCAGUCCCCUCCCCACCCCCAAGGGGACUCCCGUCCACACGCCAAAGGAGAGCCCAGCCGGCACGCCCAACCCCACGCCGCCGUCCAGCCCCAGCGUCGGCGGGGUGCCCUGGAGGACACGGCUCAAUUCCAUCAAGAACAGCUUCCUGGGUUCACCCCGUUUCCACCGCCGGAAACUGCAAGUUCCGACGCCGGAGGAGAUGUCCAGCCUGACCCCGGAGUCAUCCCCAGAGCUGGCCAAGAAGUCCUGGUUCGGCAACUUCAUCAACCUGGAGAAGGAGGAGCAGAUCUUCGUGGUCAUCAAGGACAAGCCGCUGAGCUCCAUCAAGGCUGACAUUGUGCACGCCUUCCUGUCGAUCCCCAGCCUGGGCCACAGUGUUAUCUCCCAGACGAGCUUCCGGGCCGAGUACAAGGCGACGGGAGGCCCUGCCGUGUUCCAGAAGCCUGUCAAGUUCCAGGUGGACAUCACCUACACCGAGGGCGGGGAGGCCCAGAAGGAGAACGGCAUCUACUCUGUCACCUUCACCCUCCUCUCAGGCCCGAGCCGCCGCUUCAAGAGGGUGGUGGAGACCAUCCAGGCCCAGCUGCUGAGCACGCACGACCAGCCGGCGGCCCAGCACCUGGCAGACACCACUAACUGUAUGGAAAUGAUGACGGGGCGGCUUUCCAAAUGUGGCAGCCCAUUGAGUAACUUCUUUGACGUAAUUAAACAACUUUUUUCAGACGAGAAGAACGGGCAGGCGGCCCAGGCCCCCAGCUCGCCCGCCAAGCGGAGCGCCCACGGCCCACUCGGUGACUCCGCGGCCGCUGGCCCUGGCCCUGGAGGGGACGCCGAGUACCCGGCGGGCAAGGACAUGGCCAAGAUGGGGCCGCCCGCUGCCCGCCACGAGCAGCCUUAGACACACUAGCCCCUCCCCCAGCACAGCACUGACAGCGCCGCCCGCGCCCCCUCUGGACCGGGUUCUGGAGCCAGGGAGGAAAGGAAGGGCCCGGCGGGCCGCGGCCUGCGGGCUGGGCCACGCGCUCGCUCUUUCUCUCUCGCGGUCUCUGUCUCUGCCUGUCUCUGACAGCAUCACUUGUUUCCACUCUUGAUACCAGGAAUUAUCCCGAAAAGCUAACAUGUCACCUCCACGAGGCCGUCCUCUGUGCCCUGCGCCGGACACUGGCUGACCGAAGGCAGCUGCGCGGACCCGCCCUCCCUGCUCCUCCUGCCGCUGCUGCCGGGCGAGGCCCCGCCCGCUGCCCGUCCUCGGCCCGCGUGGCCGCCGAGAGGCCCAGGCUCUGUGGGGAGGCCGCCUCCUGCCCGGCCCGUCCAGACCCUGGGCGGCCUCCAGGGCAGGGCCCCGGGGCGAAGCAGCAGGAACAGCCCCGCCCGGCGCCCCCGACCCCGCACUGGACGCCCAGCCCCCGGCCCCCACCUGCAGCCUCGCGGCCCCCUGCAUCCAGUCCUGCACCUCACCUGGGGCCGGGGGGCGCAUGGGCGCGACGUUCCCAUGGAGACUGAGACGCGGCUGGGCCAGGGCAGUGCCGCUCGUCCGCUGUGUGAAUUUGCUGAGUCUCCGCACUUCUCUGUUCAGGGAAGGGCGGCCCCGCCCUGUGUCUCCAGCAGGGAGGGGCGCAGGGGCAGCCGUGGACAAGGCGCCAGCAGCUACUGUAAACUUUAAAGAAUUCCUGCAAGAUAUUUUUAUAAACUUUUUUUCUCGGUUGUUUUUGGAAAGGGGUGUGGGGGGGCUGCUGGGCAGGGCCUUUGUGUGUCAGUUCCCGCUCUCGGCAUUUCUACACGCACAUAUCUAUAUUUAAAGAACGGGCGGCAGCUCCGUCCGGCUGCUUGGUGACCGUGUGGCAGCAGCUCUGGUUCUGCGGGGCCCGUCCAGGCCCAGGCUGGGGCUUGUGCCCGUGAGCGAAGGGCGGGGGGGCCCGGAGCCGGCCCACACAGGAUGGCAGCUGCACCGUGGGGCUUUUUGUAUUAAAAUGGAAAAAAGAUGAAAAAAAAAAAAAAAACCAACAAAAGGCAGAGUGGGCGGCGUGACGGGGCGUGUUCCUGCACACAGCAGGGUGGGGCCGUGGCCACUGCCCGCCCGGCAGGCCCCCACAUCUCCACUCCCACCCGCGUCCCCUCCUGUCGGGGCGGCCGGCCCCCCCCCCCCGCUGGCCACAAGCCGCCCUGGUGCAGCCGGCGGGUGGCGCAGGCGGCAGGGCCGGUGCAUGUCUUCGCUGUGGCCCGUCCUUCGCUUUGGGUGUCCCUGUGUAUAGAUUUUAACGCUUCUGUUAACGUUAAGCCUCCACCACAGGCUGGGAUUUCUACACAUAAGACAAAAUUAAACACCUGUAACAGCAAAAGCCACACAGUACCAGCGGGCAGGGGCUCGUCCGCGAGACAGAGGAGACCGACAGCAAUACCUCUCGCUAGCCUUCCUCUUUUGUACUUCGACACACGCGGACUCACGCAGGCGUCACGGAAAUGGACAAGCCCCACCUAGUGUACCCCUGUCAAUAACUGUGAGCAACUUCAGUUCCGGAACAAUAAAUUCCUUCCGUAAA